GGAAGAUCUCGCCUAAUUUCCUAGCGUCCCACACACAACCUCGUUGAAGAGAUCUCGUUCUUUCACCACCUCAGCAGUGACUUCGACGACAACAGACGACCUGCCACCGCCGACAAGGUAUGUUUAUAAUACCCAGCUCUUCCUGAGUUCUCAAGACGAUUUCGCCAACGGCUUUGGAAUUAUCGGGAGCCAUCAAUUCUCUAACGCUGACGUUUCCGUGUCCUUCAAGAUGGGUGCCCUCAAGUACGUGGAAGAAAUCCAGAAGAAGAAGCAGUCCGAUGUGGUCCGCUUCCUUCUCCGUGUCCGUUGCUGGGAGCUCCGUCAGCUGAACGCUAUCCACCGUGCUUCCCGUCCUUCUCGCCCCGACAAGGCUCGUCGUCUCGGAUACAAGGCCAAGCAGGGCUAUGUUGUCUACCGUAUCCGUGUGAGACGCGGUGGCCGCAAGAGGCCCGCACCCAAGGGUGCCACCUACGGCAAGCCCACCAACCAGGGUAUCAACCAGCUCAAGUACCAGCGUGCCCUCCGUGCUACCGCUGAGGAGCGUGUUGGCCGCCGUUGCGCCAACUUGCGUGUCCUGAACUCCUACUGGAUCAACCAGGACUCUACCUAUAAGUACUUCGAGGUUAUCCUUGUCGAUCCCCAGCACAAGGCCAUCCGCCGUGAUGCCCGCAUCAACUGGAUCUGCAAUGCUGUCCACAAGCACCGCGAGGCUCGUGGUCUUACCGCCACUGGCAAGAAGUCCCGUGGUAUCAACAAGGGCCACCGCUACAACAACACCAAGGCUGGCCGCCGCCACACCUGGAAGCUCCACAACACCCAGAGCUACUGGAGAUACCGUUAAGCGUAGUUUGGUGGAUAGCUGGGGUUGUGUGUCGUGGAAAAAAUCUCAUUCUGAGGAUGUGUUUAUCUCGAUCAAAACUCGCUUCUAUGACUAUAUCCUUGCAAUGGGUGCGAGCAUAAUGCAACAGAUCUUUCGGAUCGGAUGUUAGCAAAAAUUUUUUCACUGGUUCAAUUUUUAUAUUCCCCUAACGAAGUAUGACUAUUUCUGUUCAACCGCAUGGAGCAUCUCGUAGGUCACGUAAUGGGCAAGAGGGCCUGAAACCAAUUCAGCAUACUGGCAUAUCACUUUGCAAUGGCAUGAAUAGGAAGAAGCUGUGAGGUAAGUUUGCUCCAAGGAGAAUGAAUCUCCGCAAUUACCUCUGGCGGAUGGAGAAGCAGAAGUAGAUGGGCGGCUAGCGAAUAUGGUGUUUCAAUUGCGAGACAGGUUUAAUUGCACAGUGACACCCGUCCAAUUAAUUAAGCAUAGCUUGAUAUCUG